AUGCAUGAUCUGCUACACGGGUUAGCUCUUUUAGGGUCUCAGAAGCAGACCAAAUGUUUAUAUCAGGCUAGUAGAAGCUUGAAAAAGUUUCCUGUAGAAAAGUGCCAGGGCCUACGGAGGAUUUCAUUGAUUAAAAAUGAAAUAACUACCGCCGACAAAUCCAUCCCCUCUCCUGGGCUGCGUACAUUACUCCUAUGGUAUAAUCCUAAUCUCAAAUCAAUUUCUAGACAGUUAUUCAGUAAACUGAGACAUUUGAAGGUGUUAGACGUGAGCCAGACUUCCAUCAGAUCAUUGCCCGGGUCUAUUGCAAAGUUAACGCAUUUGAAACCACUCAAUUUGUCCAGGACUAAGAUUGAGAAGCUGCCCAGUUGGUUGAGUGCUCUCACAAAUCUCCUCUUCCUCGAUGUUAGCUGGUGCGAAAAUUUGACAGAUUUGCAUUCAGGUGUAGGUGAACACCAGUGUAUGCUGCAUCUAAAUACCGAAGGCUGUGAAAAAUUGGAAUUCCUACCCGUCGGAAUAUCCAAGCUUGUCUCCUUACGAAAAUUAGGACAAGUUGUAUUUAAGAAAAAUGCUGCAAAUGCUUUGCAGUUGAUGGGUUUGAAAGGUUUGACUCUUCUCCAACAGCUGUCAAUUAUAUUCAGCGGUUCCCAAGGCCUAAUCAAAGAGGUCUUUGGAGAAAUGACACAGAUGCGGAAGCUCUUCUUCCAGAAUUCCGAUGAUCAUGCCCUCCUUCUCCUUCCACAAGAAAUGUCGUCCAUGAGGCGACUGGAAAUUCUUCACUUACACAACUGCGUGAUGCCCGCAUGGAUUUCUAAGCUUCAGAACCUCGUGGUGCUUGUCUUGAAGGGAGAUCAUUCUGCAAAUUAUCUUCCUUUGCAAAAAGUGCCAAACUUACAACGACUGACCUUAUUGCAGAAUAGUAAUUGUACUCAUUUCCCCGCAGAGUUUGGGAUGCCGCCAUCGUUUCCCAAACUGGAGUCCCUUAUCAUCCAAGAUUUUUCCGUUCUGGAAAGUUUUCAUUCCUUGGAAGUGGAUUCAAUGCCAAAGCUAAAAUAUUUUCACUUGCAGAAUUGCAGCCAGCUAAAAGGAUUACCUCAAGGCUUGGACAAACUCGAGAGUCUCCAGGAGUUAAAAGUGAUCGGCAUUGAAGCGUGCAUAAGCGAUCCCCAACUCCAAGAAAAUGGCCUUUACUGGACUCAUUUCAAAGAGCACAAUAUCAAAUUCAGUUGUGAGUAA